AUGGGUAUACCGCGUUUGUUAGUAGUGGGGCCCUAUGGAGAGCAGAUUCACUCUUUAUGUUGCGAACAUCAAAGUGCUGUUAUCUUCAAGGAGUGGGACUUCAUAGCUACAGCAUGGCCCCCCUCGCUCCCGUGCAGCAGCAGCAGCAGCAGCAGCAGCAGCAGCGGUGUGGAUGCAGCAGCAGCAACGGAAAACGCAAACCAGCACCAGCAGCAACAGCAACAGCAGCAGCAAGCGGAUCCACUUUCGUGGCCUUUCACUCCUGAACAAGCAGAAGCUAUAAAGCAGCAGGAGCAGAACAUGCGAAAGCAACAGCAACAGCAGCAGCAGCAGCAACAGCAACAACAGCAGAGUAUAUGA